CGAGCUCUCAUCUGCUGAGUUCAAGUUUCUAGUCCGGGGAGUUAGUCAAAAAUCAUCCAAGUGUUGCACUUCGAUUGUCACAAAAUCAGGUAACCUCAUGAGCUCAUCUUCUGGUUUAAGUGAGCUAUCUGAUUUAAUUAUAACUUGUUCAGACUUAGGACUAAGUCCAACUAGGGAAAUUAGGGAUAGGUCUGAGAGUGAAGUAGAAUGUGAGAGGGAGCUAAUUGAGGAUUCUAACUGUUCUCCCCCUCCUACUCCUUAUAACGAGAGUUCCAAAAUGGAGAUGUCUUUAGAAGGAACAGUGAGUAUUGGAAGUGGCCAAGAGGUGCGAGAGUUGUCAAGUAAAAGUAGUAGUAAAGUAGAGACUUCCAACAAUGGAGAAAGUGAGGAAAGUGGGAAGGAAGCAAAAGAGGUGGGGGUGCCUUCAAACAUCUUGGAGGUUGAUAAUUGUAGGGUGAAGUGUUAUAAUGAGGGUGAGGAAGUACUUUCGAAAGUCGUUGGAUAUGAGGCAUUUUGGAAGAGUAGGAGUGACCUCACACAUCUGGUGGAGCAGCACACCAUCUUGGGGCACAUUUUGCUUAGACCUGCUAGAGUGGGGGUUGGGGAUAACGCAACUCAUCCCCAACAUAGUUUGACUAAUCAUAAGGGAGGGAGUAGUAAAGAGAAAGGGUGGUUUUAUUUCACACCCGGGGUGGCUGGGGGCGGAAGUAGGAACUUGUUCAUUGUGGGUCCGUCUUCCAUUAAGGGGUGGAAAGACAAGUUUCUGUUUGUGGAUGAUAUGAAGUGGGGAAGGUUGGAUGUAGAGGUGAUGAACCUCUGUAGAGGGAAGGGCAAAAAAGUAAACCCAAAUAAGUACGCGUUAAGUGUGGGGGAGCAGGAGGAGGUGGAGAGGUUGGAAAGGAAGGGUGAGAAGGUGGUGGACAUCAUGCUUCUCACUAGCUCGAAGAUGCUAAAAGUGGUUGAAAUCUAUGGGCCGAUCUCAUUAAGUGAAGAAGACAUGAAUUGGUUGCUGUUUGGAGGUAAGACCAUUGCUUUCCCGGAGAAGAGGUCAAAUGACCUAGGUUCGACUAUUGUAAAGGAAAAGAUAGUGGGUGGGACUUUAAGACCCCACCCAAGUGGAAGAGCCCGAGCUGAAACGGGGCCCAACUUGGAGCAAAGGAAAAAAGGGUUGAAGAGGAGGCUACAUCACAAAAAAGGAGAAGGGUUGAAGAGGAGGCUACAUCACAAAAAAGGAGAAAGGUGGAAGAGGUGCAGCUGCCACAGCCCGAGGCUCCGAUUGAGUUCAUACCUUAGCCUCCGCCAAUGCAGAUUGAUCCAGCUCUGUUGGAGGUGGGAGUGGACUGCUGCUAAACAGUUUAACAAGACCACCUUUCUAGAUGUGGAUCUAGAAAAGGCGAAGAAAGAAGUGGACAAAAAUGGAGGAUCUAGCAUCAUACAACACACCCUUGAGAUGGUAAACCUCGUGAAUGCCUUAACAAAGGAGUCAACAGAGCAGAACUUCAAUGACCUAACUUCCAAACUAGAGAAAGUUAAGGAGGAGUUGGCUACUGCUAAAAAAGCUGUUGAGCUCAAAGAGAAGAAAAGGAAGAAAUGCGAAGAAAAUCUAGCCAAGGCGAAAGAUGAGCUGGUUGAAGUGCAAAGGAAAGUCGAGCUAGUGGAUGAAGUUGGACGAAUUGUACUCCCACCCUGUCUGGAAUACGAGUUCAUUGCUAUCGACAAGAACGAAGCCAAGGUGGGUGGUGGGACUAAGGUCGCAGACAACGCUACCGAGCAAGAAAUGGACCAAUAGUAUCAAGUGAUCGAUUGAUCUUGGCUAGCUCAUCUUUAAUUUUUUAUAUUUGUUAAUCUAAAGGCAUUUGUACCUUAUUUCAAAUUAAUAUAGUACCAAUUUAAGAAAUCUUGUUUUUGUAUUUUUUUCUUUAUAUUUAAAUGUGUGAGUUCUGACAUCAGAACCAUAUCUUGGAAAACUGAAAUUAAAGUUGUAAUAAACUAUUUGACCUUGA